CUGGCAUAGUUAACAUUAAAGGUCGACUUCAGCAAUGGAUGUGUCUAAGUUGAAUUUAAGUUCGUUGAAGGACAAGAUUGCUGGCAAGCUCAGUAGUCAGACUGCAAAGAAUGGCAAGUCUAAGAAUGGAGGAAAGAAGAAUAAGACCGAGACCAAGGAAAAAGACAAGAAAGUCACGAAAGAUAAUAAAGAAAAGGUGCAAAAUUCCAAAAAGGAUAAAAGUUCUAAGAAAGAUAAUGAUUCUGAAGUGGAAGAGACUGAAGAGGAUAUUUUAAGACGUGAAGCCUUGUUACUUGGAGCAACUGAAGAAGAUCUUGCUUUACUUAAUGGUCUUGAUGAAGAAGAAGAUAGUGAACAAGAAUUUGAAGAUUCUGGAAAGAUUGAUAAAGCAUUUGGAGAUGACUUAACUAGUUUCAUGAAAGGAAUCGGAUUAGGAAACGGAGAGGCUGUGAUAGUUGACGAAGUUCCAGAAUUAGUUGAAGAAGAAGAGGAAGAAGAGGAAGAGGAAGAAGAGGAAGAAGAGGAAGAGGAAGAGGAAGAGGAAGAAGAAGAAGAGGAAGAAGAAGAAGAAGAAGAAGAAGAGGAGGAGGAAGAAGAAGAAGAAGAAGAAGAAGACGAAUCUGAAGAAUCCGAAGAAUCUGAAGAUGAAGUCAUCGUUAAAGAAGCAGAUUUCAAACAACCAAAAAGACAAUCAGGCAAAGUUGAAAAUGUUUCUACCGUCACUAGCACCCAAUUAGAAGUACCAAAUCGUACUGAUUGGUUCAAUAUACCAAUAGAUAAAGUUGAAAAUCCAGAAAAGUUGGACAGAUUCGCCAAGGAAAGAUUAUUAGAAAGAGCUCAGAAAACCAUUGAUUCAGAAAAUAAGAUUUAUCUUGAAGAAUUUGCUUCUAACAACUCUCAAAGAAAGUUCUUGUCACAAAUCUUAUCAGAUGGUACAUUAAAUGAUAAAAUCUCUGCAUUAACAUUAUUAUUUCAAGAAGCUCCAGUUCAUAAUAUUAAAGCAUUUGAUACUUUAAUAGGAUUCUGUGAGAAGAAAUCAAGAACUGCCGCUUUACAAUCGAUUGCUGCUCUUAAGGAUUUAUUAUUGAAUGGAGUAUUACCAGAUCGUAAAUUACUUGCCUUUGACAAACAACCAUUAGCUAAAGAUUUAUCAAAUACUACUUUAGCUAUAUAUUAUUUUGAAGAUUUAUUAAAGAAACAUUAUUUCAAAUUAAUUCAAAUUUUGGAAGUAUUAUGUCAUGACCCAAUUCUUCAUGUUAGAAUGAAUGCAGUUAAUCAUAUAUUUGAUUUAUUAACUAAAAAACCAGAACAAGAAGUUAAUUUAUUGAAAUUAGGGGUUAACAAAUUAGGGGAUAUUGAUAAUAAAGUUUCAUCGAAAACUUCAUAUCUUUUAUUACAAUUGGAACAAACCCAUCCAGCUAUGAAAGCCAUUGUUACUGAUUCUAUUAUAGAUGUUAUCUUUAAGACUGGUAGUGAUUAUCAUGCCAAGUAUUAUGCCAUUACUACAUUAAAUCAAACCAUUUUAACUCGUAGAGAAGAAGAAUUAGCUAAUAAAUUAGUUAAGACUUAUUUCUCCCUUUUUGAAAAAGUUUUAGUUGAAAGUGAUGGUUUCAAUAAAGAAGAUAAAACUGAUAAAACCGUAGGAAAAUCUGAAAUGGGUAGAAAGAAUAAUAGAAAGAAUUUUAAAAAGGGUAAGAAAGGUGGGAAAUCUGUUAAACAAGAAGAUAAAUCCGAACUGGAAAUUGUUGAAGAAAAGAAUACUAGAUUAUUUUCAGCUUUAUUAACUGGAUUGAAUAGAGCUUUCCCAUUUUCUAAUUUACCUGCUGAAGCAUAUGAAAAGCAUUUAGAUACUUUAUUUAAAAUUACUCAUUCAUCUAAUUUUAAUACUUCAGUUCAAGCAUUACAAUUAGUUCAUCAUAUUAUAAGUCAACAAAAGUUAAAUAGUGAUAGAUAUUUUAGAACUUUAUAUGAAUCUUUAUUAGAUUCUAGAUUAGUAUCUUCUUCAAAGCAAGGUAUUUACUUGAAUUUAUUAUUUAAAUCAUUGAAAAAUGAUGAGAAUGUUCCUCGAGUUUUGGCUUUUGUUAAAAGAAUCUUACAAAUUUGUUGUCAUUGGAUUAAUAUCGGUAGUAUUUCUGGGAUGUUGUUUUUAUUAAUGGAAUUAUCUAAGGCAUUCCCCCAAAUUGAAGAUUUAAUGAUUGACUUUGCCUCUAGACCUGAUGAAGAAGAAGGAGUAGAAGUUGAAGCAAUUGAAAAAGUUAAUGAUAAGAUAGAUGAAGAAUAUGAUCCUCGUAAACGUGAUCCAAAGUUUGCCAAUGCUAAUAAGUCUUCAUUAUGGGAAUUAACUCAAUUCUUAAAUCAUUAUCAUCCUACUGUAUCAAUCUAUGCUCAAUCAUUACUUGAAGGAAAGGAUCAACCUAAACCAGAUUUAGGUUUAUUCACUUUAGCACAUUUCUUAGAUCGUUUUGUAUAUAAAAAUGCUAAAGAGAAACCAACAACAAAGGGUAAUUCUAUUAUGCAACCAUUAGGAGGAGUUCAUACUGGAUCAUUAUUAGUUAAAGCUACUAAUGUUUUAAGUUCAGAAGUUCCUGCUAAUACUGAAGACUGGUUAAACAAAAAGGUUGAAGAUAUUAAACCAGAUGAACAAUUCUUUCAUCAAUAUUUUACUACUAAGGUUAAUAAAUUAAGAAAUAAGAAAGAAGGUAAAGAUACAGAAGAUUUAGAUGAAGAACAAUUAGAGCAAAUGGGUGAUGAUGAAAUUUGGAAAGCAUUAGUCAAUUCUAAACCAGAAGUUGAAGGUGAAGAUGACGAAAUCGAUGAAGGAUUUUCUGACUUAAGUGAAGGUGAUUUCUCCGACUUGAGUGAAGGUGAUGAUAAUGACGAUGAAGAUGACGAUGAAGCUGCUGCUGCCGCAGAAGUGGGUCUCUUGGAUGCUGAAGCUGAAGAGUCUAUUGAUGAAGACAUAGAGGAUGAAGAAGAAGAAGUUGAGGCAGGAGAAGAUGAUGAAGAAGAAGAAGAAGACUCCGAGUUCUUUGGUAUCAAUGAGGAUGACGAGUUGGAAGACGAAGAAGUAGAAGUCAAAAUGUUGGGAGAUUUUGAAGAUCAAGAUGAAGAAUCUGACUCCGAACCUGAAGCCGAAUCCGAUAAGAAAUCGGGCAAGAAAUCCAGAAAGCGCGCUACAGUAUCCGAAGACGAUAAGAAAUCAAAGAAGUCAAAGAAAAUUAAACUUAGUUCAUUACCAAUCUUUGCCUCAGCGGAUGAUUAUGCUCAAUAUCUUAACUCCGAUGACGAAGAAUAAACAAAUAAUUCAAAAUGUACAUCGAACCACAUACAUGCACGUACAUAUGUAACAUAGGCUACUACAAUAUAUAUAGAAAAUAAAUAAUAAUAGU